AUGUCAGCGUCCCAGCACUCCGUGGCAUCCCAACUCAGUGUGCCCCCGUCGCCCACGUUCACCCGCCGUCACCAACUGCGAUCAAGACGGCCGUCCCUGUCCGAAACCCCCGAUGAGCGAACCUCCCUCCUCAGACCCUCGAGGUCCCAUCUGCGCAUACACAGCCCGAAUGGCAGCGCAACGCCGAGGAGCCCUCGCAUAUCCAGGCAUCAAAGCUAUCAUGGCGCCGCGUUGAACUCAAAACAUCAUAGUAGGACGGGCUCGUUUGGCCAACGCUUGGUGAAUGCCCUGGGAGACAGGCGAGAGUCCUUGGUAGAGUCAAAGGGCUCCAUCUUUGCCGACGAGCGAGUGUGGUAUGAUCAAUUCACCUCAACGGACUGGGUCCACGACAGCAUAGCAGAUUCAUACCGCGUCAAAGCGCUGCGAUCCCGUAAAGACUUCUGGGGCAGGGUGAUUGUGCUUUUCGAUGGAGCCCAAGGCUGGAUCUUGAGUGCUUUGGUGGGAUUCUUGGUCGCCGUGCUCGCCUAUUGCGUCAAUGUGGCCGAGACUACCAUAUUUGACUACAAGGACGGCUACUGCGCGAAGGCCUGGUAUCUUAGGGAGAAGAUGUGCUGUCCGCAUGGCCCUUGUACUGAUUGGCGGAACUGGUCUGAGGUCCUCGGCGGUCGACCCUUUGGAGACAAAUGGACUGAAUUUGGUGUCUACCUUAUGUUUGUCCUACUGUUGGCAGUCUUGAGUUGCUUGCUUACCUUGACCACCAAGACCGUGGUGCCGUCUGCUUACCGCAUGACCACACUUGAUGAAAACUUCGCAGCCGAGGCUUUUGCUGGCUAUGAGGACAACGAGAACGACAAUGAGACGAGCCCGCGAGAACAGACGCGAGAGCCCGUUGCCCCCCCUAUGGUGUAUUAUUCAGCAGCAGGUAGUGGUGUUGCCGAGGUCCGCGUCAUUCUCAGCGGUUUCGUGUUGCACGGUUUCCUUGGCUUCAAGACGCUGGUCAUCAAGUCUGCUGGCCUCAUUUUGAGUGUGGCGUCAGGUCUGAGUUUAGGUAAAGAAGGCCCGUAUGUUCAUAUUGCUACAUGCAUUGGCAACAUCUGUUGUCGUAUUUUUGCAAAAUACGACAAAAACGACGCCAAGAGACGUGAAGUCCUGUCUGCGGCGGCAGCAGCUGGAGUCGUCGUUGCUUUCGGUGCUCCCCUCGGCGGUGUUCUAUUCGGGCUUGAGGAGGUCGCCUACUUCUUCCCUGCCAAGACGCUCUUCCGAACCUUCUUCUGCUGUAUCACUGCAGCCCUGUCAUUGAAGUUCCUCAAUCCCUAUGGAACUCACAAGAUCGUCAUGUUUGAGGUUCGUUACAAGGUUGAUUGGCAGUACUUUGAAAUCUUUUGCUUCAUUUUUGUCGGAAUUCUAGGUGGUGCGGCUGGAGCGCUGUUUAUCAAAGCAUCUAGGAAAUGGGCUGUGACCUUCCGCAAGAUCUCCGUCAUCAAGAGGUAUCCGAUGGUCGAAGUUAUUUUGGUCGCACUGGUUACGGCACUCAUCGGGUAUUGGAACCCUCUGACGAAACUUCCGGUAGCGAAACUGCUUCUUAACCUUGCCGCACCAUGCGAUGACGAGACCAGAGACAGCCUAGGCUUGUGUCCCAGCGAUAUGAGCGAGAUUCCCGGCAUCAUGCGUCUUCUGCUUGUUGCAUUGUUGAUCAAGGGCUUUCUCACAAUCAUCACUUUUGGCAUCAAGGUACCGGCCGGCAUUUAUGUGCCGUCCAUGGUGGUUGGCGGUCUGAUGGGGAGGAUCAUUGGCCAUGCCACGCAAUGGCUUGUAAUGCGUUUUCCGACUUGGGGACUCUGGGGUACAUGCCCAAUCUAUGCGGAGGCUACGUGCGUGCAGCCUGGUGUAUAUGCCCUGAUUGCUGCCGGCUCGACCAUGUGCGGAGUGACAAGGCUAUCCGUUACUCUCGCAGUCAUUCUCUUUGAGCUGACUGGAAGUCUCGACUACGUGCUGCCCUUCUCUUUGGCUAUCCUUGUCGCCAAAUGGACAGCAGACGCCAUGGAGCCCUUGAGUAUCUACGAUCUGCUUACCGAGAUGAAUUCGUAUCCUUUCCUCGACAACAAGCACAAGCCUAUCUUCACAUCUGAUCUUGCGGAUAUAAUCCCUCGAGUUCGUCGUGAGCGCGUGGUCGACAUCACCAACUCGCCCCUUGUUCCAGCCUCAAGUCUGCGGACAAGAUUGGAGCUUCUCCACAAAGCUGGAGAGCUGGACGGCGGCUUGCCCAUUCUUCGAAAGGGCAUCCUUGUAGGAUUGAUCCCUGCGCCAGACCUGGAAUUUGCUCUAGACAACCUUCCAGAUGAAGAAACGGCAUUGUGCUUGAUGACCAAUAUCCCGUCCAUUGACGAAGAUGAAGACGGCGAGCGAGAUCCUACCGACUUUACCCCGUUCAUCGACCCCGCUCCGGUUGCUUUGGACAUCCACUCUCCUAUGGAUCUUGUAUACGAGUGUUUCGUCAAGCUCGGUCUCCGGUAUAUAUGCAUCUUGAAAGACGGAAAGUAUGCAGGCAUGACACACAAGAAACGUUUUGUGAAAUACAUGCGUGAGCUCGAGCAGAAAGAGCAUGGUUCAUGA